GUGAAUUUCCUGCAUGAUUUAAUAAAGCACAAGAAGUAUUAUAUGCGGUAGGCUCGGCUCCACUUUUCAGCGAGGACGAGCUUCUAGAGGACAGUCAGCAGCUACUGCCCAGCCAAGAUCUGGAGGAGAGAUCUGCCACUUCCUCCAAUAGACGGAUAUAUAGAUCCAAAGAUGUACAGACAAUGGCGUGUCUGCUUCGUAUGUAUAUUGCUCAUCCAGGCUCAUGGUUAUAGUAGUGCUGACAGAGGAAACACUGGGGCUAAGCUUCGAGUGUCAAAUGGAGCGUUAAAUAAUGCUGUCUCAGGCCAAAUGAAAGGAAAAAAUUCGCAGAACAAUUUGAACAUGCCAGCCAUGGGUAGUGGUGGUGGGGACCUUGUUGGGGGUUUGGUUGGUGGGUUGCUUGGUGGUGGCGGUGGAGGAGGUGGAGGUCUCUUGGGUGGUGUCCUGGGAGGUGGAAAUGGAGGUGGUCUUUUAGGUGGUGUACUUGGUGGAGGAGAAGGUGGUGGAGGUGGCCUUCUUGGCGGGCUUCUUGGUGGAGGUGGUGGAGGUGGUGGAGGUGGUGGCCUUCUUGGUGGUAUUCUUGGAGGUUCUGGUGGUGGUGGGCUACUUGGAGGCAUUCUAGGUGGUGGGGGUGGUGGAGGCAAUCCCCCUGGUUACACCGAUCCUCACAUUAAUGGUGGCAUCCUAGGAAAUGGUGGCUUGCUUGGUGGACUGCUUGGAGGAGGACUUCUAGGAAUACUUGGCAAUGGAGGACUUCUAGGAACAGUACAGGGUAUAACUGGACUACGAAUUAUAGACCUUACACUUCCACAAAUAUCUUUGCGUCUUUUGCCUGGUAUUGGAGUACAUCUUAACCUCUACACGAAAGUGGCAAUCAAUGGAAAUAGCCUUCUAGGGUUUCUUGAUAUCAUGGCGGAAGUAAACAUUACAGCAAGAACCAGACUGACACAGGAGUCUUCAGGAGUUCCCCGCUUGGUUAUUGAAGAUUGCCAAGCACUACUUGGUGGAAUAAAUAUCAGGCUACUAAGAGGAUUACUUUCUGGAAUCCUGGAUGGGCUUCUCACCAACCUGCUUCGAAAUAUUUUACCAGGAGUGUUAUGUCCGGUGGUGAACAUCGUGCUAGAUUUAACCAAUGGCCUUCUUCUCACUGUAAACUCAUUGGUCCCCCUUGGAUUGAUUGGCAGUAUUCAGUACACGGUAUCGAGUCUUCCAAUAGUGACCGGACAGUUUAUUGAAUUGGAUUUAAAUACAGUGGUAAGCCAGCUGGGUGGUGGCCUUAUUGAUUACCCUCUUGGCCACAAGGAGCAGAUUACUUUGCCACCAAUGAAGGAUGCAUCUGAAUCCCAGCUUGGUCUCUCUGCCAAUUUCCUGGCAUGUGUUUUAACUGCAUUGCAAAAAGAGGGCCUGAUGGACAUUGAAAUAUCAAGUGGAGAUGUACCUGGAGUUCCACCACUUACAACAACUGCUAUCGGUGGAGUAAUUCCAAAGGUGGCUGCUAUGUAUAAGGAAGAACGGCCAUUAUUGUUAAAGAUUACUGUUUCUGAUCCUCCAGUUGUUAAACUGCAGAACAAAAAAGGUCUUGUGAAAUUAUUUGUCCAAACAGAAAUCCUGGUCUCCAAUGCAGAUUCCUCAGAGACCCAACUCUGUAUCCUUGGUGUGGAUGCACAAUUUGGAGCUUCAUUUUCUGUAUAUGGAGAUAAAUUGAAAAUCACCAUGUCUGUAGACAGCACACAUCUUUCUAUAGUCUCAACGUCAAUUGGAAAAUUUGAUGUCUCUAUACUAGAAGGAUUGGUUGGUACCCUAUUCAACCUUGCAUUCCUGCCAUCGAUAAACACGGUUUUAGGGAGCGGAAUACCUUUACCUCAGCUGAUGGGCUUAGACUUUAAUGAUUCCGACAUUGAUAUCCUGGAUAAUCUUAUUGUAUUAAAUGCGUGAAAAAGAUAUCAAAUUAUGGUAAUGUUAACAAGGUGAAUUAUAGUUAUGUACAAAUAAACCAUGUGCCCUUGUACAAACCAAUAAGGGCCUUCCAGAUCCAGCAAGCAGCCUAUUUUGAUUUGUCCGACGGAUGGAAGAACAAAGACUGCCUAACUAUUC